AUGGCCUCCUCUGACUCUUACUCUCAUGAUGUCGCCGUCGUGGGCUUCUCGCUGCACUUCCCUGAGAAGGCCACUUCACCCCAGGCCUUCUGGGACCUUCUGCAAGAAGGCCGUUCGGUCAUGAAAGAAGUCCCCUCUAGUCGAUUUAACAUCAACGGCUUUUAUCACCCCGACGCCUCCCGCAAUGACACGGUCAAUGCCCGUGGUGGCCAUUUCCUGGAAGAAGACAUCGCCGCCUUUGAUGCUCCGUUUUUCUCUAUGAAUCCCUCAGAAGUAGAAAGUCUCGAUCCGCAGCAACGAUUCCUUCUGGAAACCUCAUAUCGAGCCUUCGAGAACGCCGGUAUGCCCAUGGAGCACAUCGCUGGCUCCAAUACAUCGGUAUAUCUUGGUGCUUUAGGAGUGGAGUAUAGUCGAUUCUUCGAAUUUGACGAAGAGGUCCAGGCGACCUAUAAGUCGACCGGAAACUCUACAGCCAUCCUCUCCAACCGACUGAGCUGGUUCUAUGACCUUAGGGGACCUAGCAUGACCAUUGAAACUGCCUGCUCUAGCAGCAUGAUAGCCCUGCAUCUAUCAUGUCAGAGUCUGCGAGCCAAGGAAUCUCGAAUGAGUCUCGUCUGCGGCUCGCAACUCUACCUUGAGCCCAUGACGAGUGCCAUCUCGCUAUCCGCGCUCAAAUUCAUCUCACCCGAUAGCCGGUGCCAUAGCUUCGAUGCGUCUGGCAACGGUUACGCCAAGGGAGAAGGGUUCGGCGUGUUGGUGCUGAAGCGCAUGGAGGAUGCCCUGGCGGAUGGCGACGUCAUCCGCGCCGUGGUGCGCGCCACGGCCACAAACCAAGAUGGCCGUACCCCGGGCAUCUCACAUCCCAGCCAGGCAGCGCAGGAGCGGCUGAUCAGGACAGCCUAUGAGUCUGCCGGACUGGGACUACAGCAAACGCGUUUGUUUGAGGCUCAUGGCCCGGGAACCACGCUCGGUGAUCCCAUGGAGGCAGUGGCCAUCCGCGAGGUCUUUGGAUCGUACCGCUCGCCGGAGGACCCGAUGUACCUGGGCGCUGUAAAAGCCAAUAUAGGCCACCUGGAAGCGGCAGCCGGGGUGGCCGGCGUGAUUAAGACGAUACUUUCUUUGGAAAAGGGUGUAAUUCCGCCAAUUGCCGGAUUGAAAACCCUGAAUCCUGAGAUCCGUGCUGAAGAGUGGCAUCUUAAUUUCCCUACCGCGCCCCAAUCCUGGCCCCCCGGAUUGCGACGAGCGUCGGUCAAUGCGUUUGGGUACGGUGGAUCUAACGCGCAUGCCGUGCUGGAUGAUGCAUACCAUUAUCUACAAGAGCGUGGUUUGUCGGGACACCAUUUCACGGAGUACGAAACGGCUGUAGAGGCUACCAAUGGAGUCAAAUAUACGAAUGGUGUUAACCACACCAACGGUGUCAGCCACACAAAUGGAGUGAAGACCAAUGGCGUGAAUGACACCUCCCAAGAAUCCCAUUUUCCACGUCUGUUCGUUUUCUCGGCCUCCGAUUCCGGCGGCAUUGCACGUCUAGGUGAGGCCUAUCAGGAAUAUCUGUCGACACGGGCCCCAGGAAAUGGGCAUUCAGACGAUGUGUUUCUGCGAGACCUGGCAUUUACUUUGUCAGCUCAUCGCAGUUGCCUACCCUGGAAGUCCUACGCACUAGCAUCCUCAGUGGAAGAUCUCGCAUGUCAAGUCAAAUCGCUCUCCAAGCCGGUUCGCUCCUCGGCCGCACCGCGCCUGCAGUUCAUUUUCACCGGCCAGGGCGCCCAGUGGGCCGAAAUGGGACUCGCACUGAACAACCUCCCGGUAUUCCGGCGCAGCUUACGGUCAGCCGAUGCCUGCCUCAGGAGGCUGGGAAGUGACUGGUCGCUGCUGGAAGAGCUGGCGAAGCCGGCCGCCGAAUCCCAGAUAAACACCCCGGCGCUGGCUCAGCCCCUGUGUACGGCUUUGCAAAUCGCACUUGUCGAGUUGUUCGCCUCCUGGAGCAUCACCCCGUUCGGCGUCGCUGGACAUUCGUCCGGUGAGAUUGCCGCCGCGUAUUCGGCCGGGGCCAUCUCGCGGGAAGUAGCCUGGACCAUUGCCUACUUCCGGGGUGCGUUAGCCGCUCGUCUGGCAACGGCUCCGGAAUCCCAGCGUGGGGCCAUGAUGGCCGUUGCGUUGAGCGAGGACGAUCUGCAGCCGUACUUGCAGACAAUUGCCACCAGUCAUGGCGGCGAUGCCCUUUCCGUCGGCUGUUUCAACAGCGCCCAGAAUCUCACCGUCACCGGACGCGAAAAUGCCAUCGACGCGCUGCAGGCUCUGCUUAACAACGACAGCGUCUUUGCGCGAAAAUUGGCUAUCCCUGUGGCUUAUCACUCUGCUCAUAUGCAGGCCAUUGCCGACGAAUAUGAACGUCUCCUCCGGCCGUGCAUGGCGGUCGCUUCAUCUGCUUCACAUACUACUUCCCUUGGUAGUCAGUCUCCAUUGUUUAUCUCCUCUGUGUCAGGUGAUAAGGUAAACCUGGAGGAGCUCGAGCAGCCUGAAUACUGGGUGCGGAAUCUGGUAUCUCCAGUUCAAUUCUCCAGGGCGGUGACCAAGCUGGCUGCCAGCAACAGUGGCGGAAUCCCCGAUAUCUGGCUCGAGAUUGGUCCGCACGCGGCCAUGCAGCGGGCAAUUCGGGACAGUGUGGGAUCCGGCCAGUUCAAGUAUGCCUCUGCCAUGCGCCGGAAGGAGCUGGACGGUUCCCGGGUACUUGAUUUGGCCGGCAUGCUCUGGACCGAAGGCUACCCUAUUGACUUUCACGCCAUCCAUGCCGAAGAGGCCCCAGGAAAGAUGGUCGCCGACCUACCGCAGUAUCCAUUUAACCAUUCUCAGACCUACUGGCUGGAAAGCAGGCUAUUUCACAAUUAUCGAACUCGCAACAAUGUUCGCCAUGAACUUAUCGGCAUUCCUUCGGUGGAUUGGAAUCCAUUGGAACCGCGCUUUCGUUUCACGAUUCGGGUGUCUGAUUUGCCCUGGAUUACGGAUCAUCAGAUGAAUGGAUCUCUUGUCUACCCCGGGGCCGGAAUGAUCGUUAUGGCAAUCGAGGCGGCGCGAUAUCUCGCCCGUCCCGGGGCCCGGGGAUAUCGGAUUAGAAAUCUGAUGAUCUUCUCAGCCCUGGUUGUCCCAUCCACGGCAGCAGGUAUCGAGACUCAGGUGCACUUCCGCCUGCCGGAGAAUCGUCGCACGACGGGAGUGAAAUCGGUUGAAAACUGGGAAUUUCGUACGACUUCCUUCGCGGGCGAUGAAUGGGUUGAUGUCUGUGCCGGAUCGAUCGCUAUUGAAUACGAGGAGAGUGCGUCGGACGAGAUCUACGCGGGCGACGAGCACCGCCAGACGGUCGAGGCAUACCGCGCCCGAUUCGAAGACGCCCGCCGCCGCUGCACGACGGCCACUACGCGUGAGCUGUUCUACGAAGUCGGUGCAAAGACUGGUUACGGGUUCGGUCCGCUGUUCAACACCCUACACGGCAUUACCUACGACGCCCAAGGCGUCCAGGCCAUGGCGGAGCUGCGGCCCGACGAGUGGCAGAGCAAGUUGUCCUCUCGCGCCGCGCAGACUCAGCCGCACCUCAUCCACCCAACCACUCUAGACGGCAUCUUCCAGGUCACAUCGGCUGCCACUACUAAGGGGGCUACCGUGCCGGGGCCUCUACAGGCACCGACGCAGGUGCGCGAUUUCUGGAUCGCCGAGUCACUACUGCAGCGGACGCCAGAGACAAGACUGCAGGUGUUAGGGGAGACCACGCGGCAGGCCGUGCGCGAGACCGACUCCUUCAUCCUGGUGCUCAACUCGGAUACGGGCGAGCCUGCUCUAGUCAUCGACGGGUACCGCGUCACCACCGUGUCGAGCCUGACUUACACCCCGUCGCCGCCGCGGAACAUCUUCUACCGAUUGCACUGGGCACCCGACGUGGACCAGCUAGAUCGUGACCAGGUCGAGGCUUAUUGUCUCGAACAGGCGCCUAUGCCGGCUGCCUGGACUCCGAAUAAGGAGGUUGUCACGCUCUUCUACUUGGAACAAAUGUUGCGUCAUCUGGACGCCCAGAGAUUUGUGCCUCGGACGCCGCACGGGCGGAAGUAUAUCGAUUGGGUGCGGUAUCAUCUGGACAUGCGUGUGGCAGACUGUAAUGACCCGUUGCGUGAACCCCGAUGGCAAGCAAUUUUCGGUGAGCCAGCGCGCCGUGAACAAUACCUGGCUAAGUUUGCCGCCACCGGUCCCGUCGAGGCAGCGGUGCAGUCUUUCGGCGCUCAACUGGAGGCCAUGGUACGUGAAGAAGUAGACCCGCUGGACUUGCUGUUCAACCAGAACCUUGCCCGCGACCUGUACACUGAUCCCAUUUUCGUUGUUACUGGAAAACGCAUGGCUGCCUGGAUUGAUCUGCUAGCUCACAAGGACUCCAACCUCAACAUACUGGAAAUUGGUGCCGGCACGGGCAGCGGCACGCAGCAGAUCCUCAACGCGCUGGCACAGCAGGGCAGCCCACGAUAUGCCCAGUACACCUUCACAGAUAUCUCACCCAGCUUCUUUGACAAGGCCAAAUCACGCUUUCCCGAGCACCUCGACCGUAUGGUCUUUAAGACCCUGGAUAUUGAGCGCAGUCCGGUUGACCAGGGUUUCCCAUUGGGGCAGUACGACCUGGUGAUUGCUGCAACGGUACUCCACGCUACGGCCUGUGUGGAGGAUACGCUGCGGCAUGCUCGCGCUCUGUGCAAACCAGGCGGAUACCUGGUGCUGAUGGAGCCUACCAACAAGCAUGAUACCGUGCUGAACAGCAUCUGGGGGACUCUGUCGGGCUGGUGGCGCUCGCGUGAGAAAAACCGCCAGCGCUGCCCGCUGUACUCGCUCAGCGAAUGGGAUCACUAUCUGCAACGCGUGGGCUUCUCGGGGAUUGAGUCGGCCAUUCCAGAUCAUCCGGAACCUGCUCAACAUACCUUUAGCUUCCUACUCUCGCGGGCAGUGGGGGGCGAUGACUCGUCCCGUUCCUGUGAUGUGCAGCAUUCGUCGAAGUCCCUUGUGGUGGUCGCCAACACCGAGCGUCAGCAGGUAGUCGCCCAAGAGUUGCUCGCGCAUCUGCCCAACAGGCGUGGUGAGAUUGUCUCUCCAGCAGAUCUUCGGCAGCGGCAGGGAACAGCCGAUGUUUGCGUGUCUCUGCUAGAUCUAGACCCGCCGUUUUUGGCCAACAUGAUAGAAGACGAAUUCACUGCUUUUAAGGCCCUAGUUUACUGUUCGUCCAAUCUUUACUGGAUUACCUCCGGGGGUGGGCAGGAUCCUGAGGUGCCUGAGACAGCUAUGGGCUCCGGGUUCAGUCGCACUAUCACUUUGGAACGCCCAGAACUGCAAAUGACCAACGUGGAUAUCCCGGCCGGGCAGACGGCGGUGGCGUCGGCUGCCACCAUUGCAAGGUUCCUGGAGCAGGGACACUCGGCCUCGCUGGACAACCGCGAAGGAGAUUAUCUAGUGUCGACUCAUGCCACCAGCAACCAGGAUCAGAUCCUGAUCCCGCGAGUGGUAGAAGCUUCAGAUGUCAACGCCUACGUGAACACCCGGACUGGACGACUGCCCAUCGAGACACGUGCCGUAGACCGCCAGCCGGACGAAGCGCUCGAAAUUCAAUUCUCCCCCGGUCAGCUUGACAGCUUCCGAUUUGUACACGAUGCCUCCGCUGGCGGUAUCCUGGAGUCUGACGAGCUCGAGGUUGAAAUCAAGGCUUCGGGUAUUAACUUCGCGGACGUGAUGUGCGCGCUGGGCCAGAUAAGUGAUACAUAUAUUGGUCAUGAAUAUGCCGGCGUCGUGCGACGUGUGGGCAGCGCCGCCGCGCAGACCUUUUCACCCGGCGACCGGGUCACUGGCGUCGCCUCGGGCACCUUCCGUACGUUUGUGCGCACCCGUGUCGGUACCACCAUCCCUCUACCCAGUGAUAUGGCCUUUACCGAAGCGUUCCCGGCCGUCUGGCUGACGGCGCUGUAUGGAAUCACCCACUUAGGACGAUUGCGUGCCGGCGAGUCGGUGCUCAUCCAUGCAGCGGCCGGUGCCGUCGGCCAGGCCGCCAUUCAGCUGGCGCAGCACCUGGGCGCGGACGUCUUCGUGACGGUCAGCUCGCCAGUCAAGAAGAAGCUACUCCAGGAUAGCUACGGCAUCCCGGAUGAUCGGUUCUUCUCGAGUCGACGGCUGGCCUUUGGGCCCCAGAUUCGUCGCGCCACCGGCGGCCGCGGCGUCGACGUAAUCUUGAAUUCGACCUCAGGCGAGGCGCUCGUCGAGACGUGGCGCUGCAUCGCACCUCUCGGCCGGUUCGUCGAGAUUGGCAAGCGAGACAUCUACUCUUUCCAAUCUCUCCCCAUGUACGAGUUUUCCAAAAACGUCACAUUCUCCUCCCUCGACCUCCUGACCGUUUACCACCACCACCCCACUGUCAUGGGGCAGCUGGUGCAAGAGCUCCACGUCCUGUUGCAGGGCCGAAAACUGGCCGCUCCGCAGCCCGUGACGCGGUUCUCGCGUGGUGAAUUCGAAUCGGCUUUCCGGUUCUUGCAGACGGGGAAGCAUAUGGGUAAAGCUGUCAUCGAUUGGGACACUCCCGCUGAGAUACGCAUCAUCCCUACUGUGGAACCCGAAUAUAGUUUCGUCGAGGACGCAAGCUACGUGAUUGUUGGCGGUCUCGGUGGCAUCGGACGCAGUCUGGCGCGGUGGUUUGCCCGCCGCGGUGCCCGCCAUUUGAUUCUCCUGUCCCGGUCAGGGGCCACCGGCCGCGAGAAAGCAAACAGAUUAGUGACGGAUCUGGCGCAGUCCGGCGUAAAGGUGGCCACGCCGCAAUGUGACGUUGGAGAUGCGGCGUCGCUUGCCGCCGCAUUGAAGGAAUGCAGUCUUACGAUGCCACCCGUAAAAGGUGUUAUUCAAGCGUCCAUGGUUCUCAGGGACCGACUGUUUGACAAUCUCACCCAUUCCGACUGGCAAGCCGUGCUCGACCCUAAGCUCACAGGAACGUGGAACCUGCACCACCAGCUCCCCAGCGAUAUGGACUUCUUCGUCAUCCUCUCCUCACUGGGUGGAAUGAUUGGCUCUCGCGGUCAAUCACAAUAUACCGCCGUCGCGAACUUCCAGGACGCAUUCGCUCGAUACCGCCACGCUAGGGGCCAGCAAUGCAUCUCUCUCGACAUCGGACUCGUCACGUCCGUCGGAUACGUUGCCGAGCAAGAAGACAUCGCCCAACGCUGGGUGCGUGCCGGAUUUGAGGUACUUCGUGAAGAUGAACUCCACACCGUCGUUGACUGGGCCUGUCAUCCUGGUCGCUACGCCUCUGUCUCAUCGCCCUGGGCCACGCAGGUUCUGACAGCCCUUGACCGGCCUGCCGCCGCACGCGCUCACAAAAAACCCCUACAACCUUACAUGUCGCGACCCAUGUACCGACACCUUCACCAGAUGGUUGAUCCUUCUUCCACAUCUUCGUCUGAUUCUUCUUCCUCGGCUGAAAACCAAAUCAACUAUGGUGCUGAGUUGCGCGCUGCCGCCUCCCUGCCCGAAGCCGGACGCAUCGUGGCCUCAGCGCUCGCGCACCGUCUCUCGCAGGCCUUGUCCGUGCCGCAGGAAGAUAUCGAUACCGCGCGACCGGCGCAUUCGUUCGGCGUGGACUCCCUGGUGGCGGUGGAGCUGCGGUUCUGGUUUGCCCGGGAGAUCCAGGCCGAGCUAGGAGUGUUUAAUAUUCUGGCGAAUGUCAGUAUUGAGGAGUUGGGGCUGCAGGCAGCGGAGAAGAGCAAAUUCUGUGAGAAACUUGCUCAGUAG